AUGUGUAUAAAACAUUCCAAGUAUGUGAAAUCCAGAGAACCGAGGAAUAGGAAUAACCUAUCUUCUGUAGGUUAUAUAGACCAUCCACGAUCAGCGCCGAUUAGAAAUCGGGGUCGUCGCCCCCACUUGGCAGUCGAGAAAGGCUCGGGGGUCCGAGAGGGCGACAGCCCGCGGAAGCGAGAAAAAGGGCGCGCCCCUCCCGCCCCGUCGACUCCGAAAACGCGGACGGGAACGAACCAACCGGGCGGUGAGGCGGCAGAGCUGCCGCCGGGAGGGGAGCCGGGGAGGUCAGGCGGCGGCGGCGGCGGCGGCGGGAGGCAGGGGGAACGGCAAGCGCGCGCACGCGCUGGCGGGGCCGGGAGACCGGACGGAGGGAGCGGGUUCGGCCCAGGGCCCGGCGCCUCGCGCCACCACCGCCUCAGCACCAGGGCCCGGCGCCUCGCGCCACCGCCUCCUCAGCACCAGGGCCCGGCGCCUCGCGCAGCACCAGGGUCCGGCGGCUCGCGCCGCCUCAGCCUAGGGUCCGGCGGCUCGCGCCACCGCCGCCUCAGCACCAGGGCCCGGCGCCUCGCGCCACCACCGCCUCAGCACCAGGGCCCGGCGCCUCGCGCCACCGCCUCCUCAGCACCAGGGCCCGGCGCCUCGCGCAGCACCAGGGUCCGGCGGCUCGCGCCGCCUCAGCCUAGGGUCCGGCGGCUCGCGCCACCGCCGCCUCAGCACCAGGGCCCGGCGCCUCGCGCCACCGCCUCCUCAGCACCAGGGCCCGGCGCCUCGCGCCACCGCCUCCUCAGCACCAGGGUCCGGCGGCUCGCGCCGCCUCAGCCUAGGGUCCGGCGGCUCGCGCCACCGCCGCCUCAGCACCAGGGCCCGGCGCCUCCCGCCACCGCCGCCUCAGCACCAGGGCCCGGCGACUCGCGCCACCGCCGCCUCAACACCAGGGCCCGGCGGCUCGCGCCGCCUCAGCCUAGGGCCCGGUGGCUCGCGCCACUGCCGCCCACCAAGGCCCGGCGCCUCGCGCCGCCUCAGUCCAGCGUCCGGCGGCUCGCGCCGUCGCCGCCUCAGCCCAGGGUCCGGCCGCCUCAGCCUCGGGUCCGGCGGCUCGCGCCACCGCCGCCGCCUCAGCAGCAGGGUCCGGCGGCUCGCGCCACCGCCGCCGCCUCAGCCCAGGGCCCGGCGGCUCAACUUAGGGUCCGAAGGCUCGCGCCACCACCGCCUCAGUCCAGGUUCCGGCGGCUCAGUUUAGGGUCCGGCGGCUCGCGCCGUCGCCGCCUCAGCACCAGGGCCCGGCGCCUCGCGCCGUCGCCGCCUCAGCCCAGGGUCCGGCGGCUCGCGCCACCGCCGCCUCAGCCCAGGGUCCGGCGGCUCGGAUUAGGGUCCGAAGGCUCGCGCCACCGCCUCCUCAGCACCAGGGCCCGGCGGCUCACGCCACCGUCGCCUCAGCACCAGGGCCCGGCGUCUCGCGCCACCGCCGCCUCAGCACCAGGGCCCGGCGGCUCGCUCCGUCGCCUCAGCACCAGGGCCCGGCGGCCCGCGCCGUCGCCGCCGCCGCCUCAGCCCAGAGCCCCGGCUGGGGCAGGCCGCCCCCCGGCAUGGGGGCCGUCGCCAACUCCCUCCCCUCCCCUCGCGCCCCCACGCCCGCUCCCGCCGUGGCGGCCACCGCCGCCGCGGCCGCCACCGGAGGUGCAGGAGCCUCGCGAUAGUGUUUGCACGGGCGGCGCGUGA